AUGGAACAACCCAAAGUCAAGAAUGAGCUUCCCCAGGACAACAGCCUCAACCCACUGGUCAACGAAUAUCAUGUCAAUGAUACAUGGAUCAUGCUCCUGGCACUCCGCUUCAUCAACGCUCUCGUCGUCCGCACCUUCUUCCAGCCAGACGAGUAUUUUCAGUCCCUGGAGCCCGCAUGGCAGAUGGCCUUUGGUCCCCAGAGCGGUGCUUGGAUCACGUGGGAAUGGCAUCGCCAACUACGUUCCUCGUUACAUCCAGCUCUGUUUGCCGUCGUAUACUACACGGCAGACAAGGCAAUGAUCUUUCUGAGCUUCUUUCCUCAGUUCCGGGCGAUGAUCCUGGCGGUCCUGCCGAAUCUGGUGCAGGCUUACUUUGCCGCUGUGGGAGACUACUAUACAUGGCAAUUAUCUGAGAGAAUAUACGGAACCAGAAGCAAAGCAUCGAAUGCGGCAUUGUGGAUGACGGUCUUUAGCCCAUGGCAAUGGUUUUGCUCCACAAGAACAUUCUCAAACUGCCUCGAGACAACCAUGACAAUCACGGCACUCUACUUUUGGCCCUGGAAACUGUCGACUUUCCCCGUGCUCGGCAAGAGUAGUGAUGUGUCUCAACAGCCACCCGAGGAGGCGACCCAUGCCAAGACCCCCAAAUCUGGGGUCUUCCAAACCUCCAGGUCUAUUAAGCACCUCCGCAUUUCUAUUGUGCUCGCUGGCACAGCAUGUAUCCUUCGCCCAACCAAUGCUCUCAUCUGGUUCAGCAUCCUCAUGCCAACCUUGACCGGCCUUCUCAAUAAACGAGCCCCCAUCUCAGACUACCUUAUCCUCCUCCGUGAAGCCAUUCUCUGCGGCUCCAUCGUGCUCCUUACAUCCCUAACCUCCGACUACAUCUACUACGGAGAAUGGACGUUCCCACCCUACCAAUUCCUGUACUUCAACAUCUCCCGGAACCUAGCUGUUUUCUACGGCCGCAACGUUUGGCACUACUACCUCUCCCAAGGCUUGCCUCUUCUGCUCAUCACGUACCUGCCAUUUACAUUGGUAGCGCUGUACCAAGCAAGCUUACUGCCAUCAUCAAACAUCCGCUUCGUAUUCACAACGACGAUCCUCCUCACACUCGGCUCCCUGUCUCUAAUCGCCCAUAAAGAAGUCCGCUUCAUCUACCCUUUACUCCCCCUCCUGCAUAUCCUCACUGCCCCCGUCAUCUCUUCAUUCUUCCAACCAUCAUCCAGCUUUACCACCACCCCCUGCACCACCAAGGAUGGCAAAGUCAUCACCUCCUCGACAACAACAUUAACAACAACAACAACAACAACCAAACAUAAACCCCUCCUCUACACCCUCCUAACCCUCAACGCCCUCAUUGCUCUCUAUACAACACUCUCUCACCAAUCCGGUGUCCUCCGCACCACCACUUUCCUCCGCCACGAGUACGAAACCCUCGCCCUCGACGGCCGCGGCCGCCUCCUCUCCGACCCCUCAGCCCACCUCAACGACGCCUACCCCCCCAAACCCACAACCUACACCCCCAGCGAAACCUUCGCCGCCUUCCUCCUCCCCUGCCACUCCACCCCCUGGCGCUCGCAGCUCAUCCACCCAGGCCUCCAGGCCUGGGCCCUCACCUGCGAGCCGCCCCUCCACCUCCCCAGCACCGCCGCGCACGAACUGGCCGCCUACCGCGACGAAGCCGACCGCUUCUUCGACGACCCCCAGCGGUUCCUGCGCGACGAGGUCGGCGGCAAGGAGCGCCCGUGGCCGCGCUACGUCGUCGGCUUCCAGGGCAUCGAGCACCAUCUCAGGACCUUCUACGAGGGGGCGAUGAAGGGCUUCACCGUCAGGGAGCGGUGGAGGACGCGCAACUCGCAUUUCCAUGACGAUUGGCGGCGGAGGGGCGAUCUUGUCGUGUGGGAGUUUGUGGAGGCUGCUGGGGCUGCUGGGGCGUGA